ACACUGAGCUGGGACAUGGCCCCACACACUGGGACACGGCCCCAUGUGCUGCAGCCAGCCUGGCCCAGCAGCACCCACAGCCUCCGGGUGCCCUCCACCACCCCUCACAAGGCAAACCCACAAGUUCACGCCCCAAAGCUGCAGCUCAGGAGAUGCAGAGUGCUCACAACUGCUCCACACUGGGGAGCGACACCAGAAUGGCACAGCUGUGAAAAACACAGCCCCAGGGCCAGCAGCAAACUGGCAGAGCAAGGACAGACUCAACAGCACCAGGGAUGCCUUUUGACCAAAUGAGCCCCAGCAUUUGCUUCACUUAUUUCUCAGAGUGCCAGAAAUUAAUGAAGGGAAAAGCUGGGGUUUUGUUUGCUUCAUGCUUUAUGUGGCUGCAACACGAUCAGCCCCGGGGAUCGUCUUUCCUCCGCCCAGGCAGGUGAGGUGGAAGCCACAGGCUGCAGGAGCUGGGCAGUAACUGGAUCCUGCAGACCCACAUCGAGCCACAGCCGGGAGAAGCUGCCCAGAGAGCCCCUGCUGCAGGGACAGCUCCCAGCACCAUGCAGGUAAGUGCUGCAGCCUCUUACAGCUGCCACAGCAUUGGGGGUGGAAGGGGCCUUAAAGAUCAUCUCAUUCUAUCCCCUUCCACUUCCUCAUGUUGCUCCAGGACCCAUCCAACCCAGCCUUUCCCUCUGGAUUCUAACCUGACAGCUUUUAUAGGGCAGUACCAAGUACCAAAAGUUCCCCUUCAAGGACAUAUUGAGGGGCACCUCAGGCCUACAGUAACAGGUUAAAAAUAAUCAAAAAUUACUCAUAGCACAGAAAGCAGCUUUCAAUAUGGUAAUACCCUUCUCAGUUUGAGAUCUCACCAUGCCACAAGCAGAUCCCUUAAGUUUCUGGGAGAAUAAGAGCCUCACUAAUAACACAAAGACCACGGUGCAGAAGUCGUGAUUGCUUUGCAUGGAUAUGUUGUAAAAUGAGGGAAAGCUGUUGUGAGAGGGAAUUCAGUGUGCACGUUCCUGUUCCCCAGCUGACGCUCUGCAGGCUCCGCACACACCAGUGGUGCUUCAUCCUCUUCAACGUCCUGCUUUUCCACGUGCUGCUCUUCGGGGCAGAUUUACUGGAGCAGUACUUCCUGCGCUCCCUGCCGCUCUCCUACACCGACGCCAGGGCUCUGGAGAUCAGGGAGAGGGCCAGGAGGCUGGAGCUGGACCCUCUGAGGGCCAACCUCUCCUCCAGCAGCAGCAGCGUGGCAGCUUGCUCCGAUGGAGAGGUGUUUCUGCUCAUUGUUGUCUGCAGCAGCCCGGAGAGCAGGACACGGCGCGACGCCAUCCGGCAGAGCUGGGGCAACGCGACAGGCUCCGGGGGCUACACUGUGCUCACUCUGUUUGCUGUGGGAAAGGCAGCCUCGGCAAGCACCCAGCUGCAGCUCAGUGAGGAGGCUCAAAAGCACCGGGACAUCAUUGAAGGUGAAUUCAUCGACUCCCCCCAGACGCAGACACAGAAGAUGCUGAUGAGCGUGGAGUGGACGGUGGCGUUCUGUCCCCAUGCUAGAUACAUCCUCCACACGGCCCAGGAUGUGUUUGUGGGGGUUCCCAGCCUGGCUGGGUACCUGCUGAGCCUGACCCAGCUGGAGGACGUCUACCUCGGGCACGUGGUUCACCACGGCGUGCCCGACAGGGACCCCCGCAGCCCCGGCUUCGUCCCCGUCCAUCGCUACCCCGAGCGCUUCUACCCCGAUUUCUGCCACGGCAGCGCCUUCCUCCUGUCCCAGGACGUGGCACGGAAGGUUCUGGUGGCCGCCAGGGAGGUGCCCCUGGCGGUGCCCCCUGCUGCCUUCGUGGGGAUCUGUGCCCACAGAGCCGGCGUCACCGCCAGGCACAGCUCCCGCUUCGCCGGGGACAAGCGCGUCAGCUACAACCGCUGCUGCUAUAAAUUCAUUUUCACCUCUGCCCACGUGGGAGAGGACGAGCUGCUCAGAGACUGGAAGGAAACGAGCCAGGGGGAAGAUUGCUCCUUACUGGAAACCUACUACAGCCUGGUGUCCUGCAAGGUUCUGACCUACAUUGAUAAGUUCAAGGAGUUCAGCUUGGAUAGGAUAAAAAAUGAGCUCCUGCAUUUUGUCAAUUAAUGCUUAACUUCUGCAAAACGAGGCUGGAUUUCUUUUCAUCGGCUGUGUUAUCCUGUUAAUGUUCAGUAUAAAGGAUGCCCUCCCAAAGUUUGCUCUUUUCCCUUCAGCAGCAAAUGAAUUCUCACUGUUACAGAGAGAACUGGAUGUGCUCUGCCUCUCCAAGUACCUGCAAGUGCAUGCAUGGAAGGAAAAAUGAGUAUUCCAACAGACUUUGUCUAUAUCCAGGGUUUUUCAGACUUCUGAAACUCCUUUUUUCUGUAAGUGAGGCAUCACCUACUUCCAAAGAAUGCUGUAACAAAGGGGAGGCUUUCCAUGCACAAAAGGAGCUGCCUCUGAGCAGGCUGGCUCACGGAGACACAGUGCAGCUCCAGCAGGAACAGACACGGAGCCACCCUGGAAACUCCUCAGGAAAUGCUGUUUGUUAACAGCCACCAAAUGACAAGGUUUGCUCUGGUGUUUUUUGGUUCAGCACGUUACCUCUGUUCUCCAGCAUUCCAUUUUGUGUUUUUGCUCAAUUACCUCUGCCUGUUACUUUAAGGGGGGAUGACAAAACCAACACACUUCAAUUUUGUCAUUUAUAUCAGAUACAGCAGCAGCAUGUCAUCCAUAUGGCACUGUACAGCAUGGGCAGGGAGCUGCGUCUGAGUAAUCAGGGGAAAGUGAUCAAUUAAUCAAUCAACGCUGAGCUCAAAACUCAACAAAAUAAAGCAUAUGUGUAUACAUUAAAAAAAUUCCCCUUGCUUGGCAUCUCUGCACGUUGUAAAAUAUUGUCUUUGGCAAAUGUACCAUGCAAAGCAGAUGCUAAAUACUCAGCACACAGAGUAGCCUUCAGAAGCAGCAGCUGAAAACACACAUGGAAGAGGCUCAUGAAUUGCAGAACAGGUUUAUAUAUUGAUUUCUUCCACUGACAUUUCAGCAUAUGGCUUGUACAGAGCCACCAGCACACAAAGCCACCUAAAACAACAGAACUGCCCAGAACAAGAGCAAGCUAAGGACUUCCACACUCUUAAUUUCCUUUUUGGUGCUUUGAUGUGUUUGCUGGAUUCAUGAAGCUCCUGUGCUCUCUCCAGUCAUGAGACACUGCAGCACAUUUCUCACUGGCAGACGUUUAUUGGGCACAUUUAGGAUGAAAGCAGCAGCACUGGGAUGUAGGAUGACAGCUCGGGGACACCUUGGGUUGUGAAAAACAAGGCACCUCACCUGCACUUAGCAAGCAUGAAGGGAUCUCCCCCAGCUCCUCUGAGCCCUCCUGGGCAGCGUUUUUUGGGAGCUGCACCUCCACAGCAAAAGCAGAGAUCCUGCAGGGCUGAAUCCUCCUGCUCCCCUGGCAGCACUGCCCAGAGCCACCCCUGGCUGACACACCACUGAAAUAAGCCCCAAAGCAGUGAUUUCAUGUUUUAUUCUGCUCCCUCUCAAUAAAAGGAGUGCAAUCUUUGAUGUGAAGUGCCCUGUGGUCUCUGUUUAUGGACAAAGACAGGUCACAUGUCACUAAGUGCCCAGCCUCUCCUGAUUCUCUCCAACAGUCCUGACAUCUUCAAAAGAAGAUUCCAGCUUCCUAAAAUGCCACAUUUCCUGUUCGUUCACUCCCUUCAACACAAGAGCUCCAUGUUCUUACCCCUUUUAGUCUAACUCAGGUAACUAAAAUAACACCUUUCUUUAAAUAACACUUAAAAAUUUGUAUCUCUGAUUAAAAAAAUAGUGUAAACAAUUCAAGAUUUGGUUCUGAAGUAGCCUUGUAGUGCUCCAG